UGUCAACUGUCAGUUUCUAGCCAAUUCUGACGCUGUAUGGUCGCCCAAUGCGUUGUGAGGUUCGAGAAAUCAGUGUUUGGAAAAAAAUAAAUAAUGGUGUUAACAUAAACUGGAUUUACUGAAUUACAAGAGACUUUGUAUUGAAAUAGUUAAAAUGUUGACGCCUAGCUUCAAACUAUCACAGGAUGAAAACCACGUGUUUAUUACUGUUCAUGCACCAUACACGAAUGUUGGAGAUACGGAAAUCGAUGUCGACGGAGAGAACUUUUUGUUCGUUUCUAGUCCUUAUUUUCUAAGGCUGCGCCUACCAGGAAAAAUAGUUGAAAAUGAUAGAUCUAAGGGGUCUUAUGUUUGCGAUUCUGGUGAUUUCAAUCUUAUGUUCGACAAAGAGACACCCGGCGAGCAUUUUGAAAACAUGGACAUGAUUACUAGUCUUUUAGCUCCACGAGACAUACCAAAUGUUAAUCCCAGUUUAGUUGAAAUGCUCGAAGAAGACGGUAUCACGAUUGAGGAAGACCAGGGUGAGGCAAGUAGCGAAAGUAAUUCAAAUAAAUAUUCCUACGGUUUUGCGUGCAAGAUCUCUACAGAUUUCCGUGAUGUCGGCAGUGAGUUUCCACAAAUUUUUGAAUUAAGAGUUCCCGAAAAAGUAAGUCUAAAUGAGCGCCAUGGUUUACGAGAACAGUACGAAAAUCAUAAAUUCUCCUCUGAUCAUUAUUUAGCUGAUUUAUUUGACGAAGAACUCAUAAGCCCCUAUAUAAAACUUACCCUGUCAUGGGAAGCCAAUGAUUUUGACAAAGAUGCUGAUUUUGACGAGGAUGAGAUCAGUUUGUUGAAGGAACUGCCUAACAAACAUUAUAUUUUAACUAAAAAUGAACAUAAGCAAGUACUUUUAGGCCUUAUAGAUAUUCUGUAUGGCUAUUGCUAUGAUAAGAGAACAACCUUGAAUGAAAGUACAGUUGAAUCUAGCUGGACCAUAAAUAAAUUAUCCUCAACAUUAAGUUGGUUUUGUGUUUUCAAUGAUAUGAAACAAGUAGUUACUGCUUCUUACCGACGAGCUUUGAUAUAUCCAAUAUUUAGAAACUUUGAGCUCUGCCAAAAGGUUCAGAAUGAUCUGAUUUCUCUGUUAAAACAUGGUAAAAAGUUCAUAAUAAAAGGUUUGGUGAACAUUCACAAAAUGUUCAAUUCAAGCAAUGAUGCACGAUAUAUAUUGAACCAGUUGUAUAUCAACGAUUAUUUGAUUUUUAUUCAAAAGUGUCGGGUUGAGGAGUUAGCAGAACUCUGCAAUAAUCUGACCAACAUUGAAAUAAACAAGAACGACCUGUCUUUAGAAUUGGAGGAAUUGGAAGCUGCUGCGGAAAUGGUUAACCAGGAAGAGUCUCAGGUUAUGGAGAAUGAAAUGGCUUUGAAAAUGGCAUCUAUGUCUUUACUGCCAGAUUUGAAAAAGUCAAGUAAUUACCUACUCGACGAUAGUGAUAGUGAAUCCUCUGAUUCAAGCAGCUCUUCUUCAGACAGCUCAUCUUCAGACAGCUCAUCUGAUUUGGACUCUGAUGAUGAUUAUUCCUCUUGACGCGAUACCUUGGAGUACGCUGGUAAAGGCUUGUAAAAGCUUUUUAGACUGAAAUGUGAUAGACAAUUAGUUCUAUGAUGAAUAGAAGCAAUGGACAUUUGAACACUUAUGUGAUUUAUUAAUGAAUACUUUUUGUGAAGUAGAAAAUAUACCUAUACUUAUAUAAUUGCUGUGUAAAUGGUGAAAUCAAACACACUUUAUUGCAACAAUUUAUACUCGAAAUAAUGUUGUUAAAUGUCUCAUAAAUAUAUCAUAACAAGCUUAAUUCUAUUAUAUGUGCCAAAACAUUAAAUUUGUUGGAAAUUUGCAUAAGCUUUUUAGUAAUAAUUGAAGAAUAAAAUGCUAGGUCUGCUUUUUCAUAUAACAAUCAACCUUUCCUUUUCUAAAAGGGUAUAGCUAUAGAUAAACAUAAGUAUGUAAUUUAUGGAUCUGUAAAUUAAGCUAGUUGUACAAGUAUAUCUUAUUUUAUCUAUGUAAUAUGAUAGUGGAACAUUUAUUUACUAUGUUACUAUAAAUUGUCUAUUGUUGUACUCAUAUCCAAUUUGAAUAGAUGUUAAUAUCCAAAAUCUUUCACAUAAAUUUUAAUCUCUUAAAACUUUUAUUAAAUAUAUGGCAGACUAUAUUAUUA